AAAAGGGGGUCUUUUUGCUGUGGAAAUUUCUCGGCUUUCGUCGAGAUCGCGGCGAGGGGUUGUGGUUUGGCCAUCGUCCUCAACAAUCGCUGCCCUUCUUGCGCUUCUCGCCGUUCUGGGUUAGAACGGUGAGGUCUUGGCGAUCUUUGUUUUGGUGGAUCUGAUUCUUGGUUUGGGAUGGUCUGAGGGUUCGAGAUAUAGGAGCAGAUUCAGUUUUUCUGGUGUUUUUGAGUAAUGGCGGGGUCUAUGCAGAUGAGCGCCGAGUUGGAGCAGCUCGAUGGCGAAAUCCACGACAUUCUGCGUGCCCUAUCAAAUGGAUUUCAGAAAUUGGACAAGGUUAAGGACCCCAAUAGACAAUCUAAGCAGUUGGAGGAACUCACUGGGAAAAUGAGGGAGUGUAAGAGAUUGAUUAAAGAGUUUGAUCGUGAAUUAAAAGAUGAAGAAACUAGAAAUUCACAAGAAGUCAAUAAGCAGCUCAAUGAGAAGAAGCAAUCGAUGAUUAAAGAGCUCAACACAUAUGUGGCCCUGCGGAAAACGUAUACAACUAGCCUUGGGAAUAAAAGAGUUGAACUAUUUGAUAUGGGUGCUGGAGGCAGUGAUCCUGUGGGCGAGGAGAACGUCCAAAUGGCUUCCGCAAUGUCUAAUCAAGAGCUUAUAAAUGCUGGGAUGAAGACAAUGGAUGAAACUGAUCAGACUAUCGAGCGGUCUAAGAUGGUUGUUGAGCAGACAAUUGAAGUAGGAACUCAAACUGCUGUAAACUUGAAGGGGCAAACUGAACAAAUGGGUCGCAUUGUUAAUGAGCUAGAUACUAUUCAGUUUUCCAUCAAGAAAGCUUCACAACUGGUUAAAGAGAUUGGCAGACAGGUUGCCACUGAUAAAUGCAUCAUGUUUUUCCUAUUUUUGAUUGUUUGUGGUGUAAUUGCAAUCAUCAUUGUGAAGAUUGUAAACCCACACAACAAGAACAUCAGAGACAUUCCUGGAUUGGCACCACCAGCGCCAACGGCGAGAAAAUUGCUAUCGUUAGAUGCUUUUGCUGGUUUUCAGUAGUUUUGAGGCAUUGUUAAUAUCUUCCUCAUCUUCUUUAGGAGGGUUAUCUGGAUUUGCAGAAGAAAAUGAGGAUGGCUAUUACUGACGAUCUUGUUUGAUUAUGUUCUUGUACAUCAUGUCCUGCUUCUUAUUCAUUUUCUUUUACUUUUGGUGGUUGAGACGGCCUAGCUCUGUAUCAUGAGAUUUUUACUCACAUCCUGUGUAUAUGGACCGGAGAUUAAACUAUAUUCUCAGAAAUUUCCUACAUGUGUGUCUAUGAACUUCUUGAAAUGAUAUUAUUGAUUUAAAUGCAUUUAUUUUUCA